GAUACCUCAUUCCACUGGGGCUCUGCCGGUCACCUUCUCAGCGCGAGCUAAGCUUAAGGAAGAGGAGCUGCUUUAACUGAAAUACAUUUAACUGGAGAAAACGUGCCUGUCCAAACAGGACCAGCUCUAACCGCCCCCGAGUUCUGCUGGUGGCAAUGUCUCACUGGGCUGGACUCCUCUCCACCGCUGCCAAAGUCAACCUGCUGGUCUUGGUGGUUUCUGUGGUGUUUUCCCAGUCAAGCCUAAGCGACAGAGUUCCCGAGUUUGCCCUCACAAAAAUAGAAGAGAGCGACAUAAAAGAUGACAGCGGGAAAGAGGCGAUAACAGAAGAUGAUGCUGAUCCCGAAGACCUGGAAGUGUUUUACCCCACACAUCAGUGGCAAACCAUCCGUCCAGGUCAAGCUGUUCCUGCAGGGUCACACGUACGAUUGAAUCUGCAGACAGGAGAAAGAGAAGCCAAGCUCCCAGCCAGCGAGAAUGGAAAAAGUGACACGAGAGAAGAGAGGAGAAGAAAAAGGCUUGGCAAGGUGGAUGUCGACUCCAAUUCAUUCACGUCCCAGGAGCUCAAAGAAGCUUUGGCUAAAAUGAAGGAAAGUGAGAAGGCAGAAAGAAAGGCCCACGAGGAAGAGGUGAAGAAGAAGUUCCGGCCCAUAGAGCAGCUGAAGGAGGAGUUUGAAAAGCUGAACGUGAAGAUGGAAACAGAUUAUGAAAUUAUGGUUAAAUUAAUUGGCAAAUUCAACAGCUCUGCCUCCACGCUGGACGAAAAAGUAGCGGCGCUUUACGAUCUUGAAUAUUAUGUUCACCAGGUGGACAAUGCCAAGGACUUCCUCUCCAUGGGUGGACUCCAGCUUGUGAUCGAGGGGCUGAACAGCAGCGAGGCCGCGCUGAAGGAGCACGCUGCCUUCGUCCUGGGCGCUGCGCUGUCCAG